AAUUAGCCCUUCCUGGGUGGAGUAAUGCAAUUGACUAGCGAUCUCCCAGAGAGUCUUGCCUCAGUCUGAUCCAGACUCCGCACAGGCACAAACUUCUCACACAAGAAGCGAUCAGUCGUGGGUGAAAAUGACAGACCGCUACGACUGCCACUACUGCAAGGAAUCCCUGUUUGGGAAGAAGUACGUCCUGCGAGAGGAAAAUCCCUACUGUGUAAAAUGUUACGAGAGUCUGUACUCCAACACUUGCGAGGACUGCAAGAAACCCAUUGGCUGCAAUACCAGAGAUCUGUCUUACAAAGACCGCCACUGGCAUGAAGAGUGCUUCAAGUGCUUCCAGUGCAAGCGCUCCCUGGUGGACAAGCCCUUCUCCACUAAGGACGAGCAGCUCCUGUGCACUGAGUGCUACUCCAACGAAUACUCCUCCAAGUGCCACGAGUGCAAGAAAACCAUCAUGCCCGGCUCCAGGAAGAUGGAGCACAAGGGCAACAGCUGGCACGAAACCUGCUUCACCUGCCAGCGAUGCCAGCAGCCCAUUGGCACCAAGAGCUUCAUCCCCAAGGAUAACCACAACUUCUGCGUGCCCUGCUACGAGAAGCAGUUCGCUAUGCAGUGUGUGCAUUGCAAGAAGCCUAUCACCACUGGCGGCGUGACCUACCGUGACCAGCCUUGGCACAAGGACUGCUUCCUGUGCACCAGCUGCAAGCAGCAGCUGUCUGGCCAGAGGUUCACCUCCAGAGACGACUUUGCCUACUGUCUCAACUGCUUCUGCAACCUCUACGCCAAGAAGUGUGCAUCCUGCACCACGCCCAUCAGCGGCCUCGGAGGCAGCAAGUACAUUUCCUUUGAGGAGCGCCAGUGGCACAACGACUGCUUCAACUGUAAGAAGUGCUCAGUGUCCCUGGUGGGCCGCGGCUUCCUGACCGAGCGUGACGACAUCCUGUGCCCGGAGUGUGGCAAAGACAUCUGAAGGACGCCGCUGCACGCAUAAUUUGCAUACACACACACAUAGAAAUGCUCAUUGAGCAUACGCGGCACCACGCUGCAGUCUCGUUACUCCAUUCUAAUGUUCAAUGGGGUACGGCAUAGCAUAUGACAAGAACCGAAGAAUAACGCUAACAAUAUAACUACUUGCAUGAAUGUAGAGGACAUGUUUGAAAAUAUGAAUUAUUGUGUAGAAUCGACAUGAACUCAGAUUGCAUGCUUCUAAUGUUACUAAUCUCUUUGUUGCAUGGAUUCGCCUCUGUGCCAUUUGGUGUUAAUGACUUGUGUAAAAUUUAGAAAUGCAUGGAGUCAGAUUUAUGAAUUUAAGAAUGAUCCAAAAUAAAGUGUUAACAAAGGCA